AUGGAUACUUUAGGUGUAAGGGCGCAAGCGAAGCAGAAAGUAGCAUUUCACUGUAAUAGCUUAAAGCUACAGAGCGGGGGAAGAGAUCUUUGUACCUCGGUGUGUGGCAAGAAAGGUGUGAAAAACAGAGUGUCUGAUGGAUUUCUCUUUUUUUGCCUUGAUGGUCCAGGAGUGGGGUUUGCAACACGGCAGGUGGGGAAUGUGACUAAACCCACUGUGAUUAUCAGCAGCGAGGGGGACAAAGUUGUGAUCAGGACUCAGAGCACUUUCAAAAACACAGAAAUCAGCUUUAAACUUGGAGAGGAAUUUGAUGAAACUACCCCCGAUGACAGAAACUGCAAAUCAGUUGUGACCCUGGAUGGAGACAAGCUAGUUCACGUACAGAAGUGGGACGGCAAGGAGACCAACUUUGUGAGAGAAAUAAAGGAUGGCAAAAUGGUAAUGACUCUCACCUUUGGUGAUGUGGUUGCUGUUCGCCACUAUGAGAAAGCGUAGAGUUUACCUGACCUCUGUCCAGAUGUUGCUUCUGCUGGAUGGAUUAAUGUUCCAUCCAUAAUCGAACGUAGCUAAAAUGCACAUUUCUGGCAUGCAAGGUUAAUAAAGAGUUUUGUGGGGGGGGUGGUUUUUUUAAAGAAACUUUAUGCCAUCAAAGUGGCAAGCUUGUGCUGUGUAAUGAAACAGGUUAAACUUGGCAUUAAAUUUCUGAAACACGUGCCUCUCUUUUUUUACAGUAAAUGGAACGUAUUUGAAUUGUUUUGGAAUGCAGAUCAAAGUAAACAGUUUUUUAAACCUGUGCU